UGUGAUGUUUGUAAUAAAUCAUUUAGUUGACACAAUAAAUUAAUUAGUCAUAUAAAAUCACAUCCCAAAGGUAAACUGUACGAAUGUGAUGUUUGUAAUAAAUCAUUUAGUCGACACACUAAAUUAAUUAGUCAUAUAAAAUCAGAUCCCAACGGUAAACUGUACGAAUGUGAUGUUUGUAGUAAAUUGUUCAGCUCUGGGCCCUGUUUCACGAAAUUUUAACUAAAGAUAAAAUCCAAAUUUUAGUAGAUACUUCAAUUUUGAUUGGCUAAGCACUAAAAUCAAUCUAAUAUUAUCCAAUCAAAUUACUAAAAUUUGGAUUUUAUCUUAGUUAAAAUUUCGUGAAACAGGCCCCUGAUGCCGAUUUACAGUAUCAUGUUCGUGUUCAUACGGGUGAGAAAGUUUUCCACUGUGAAAUUUGCAGCAAAUCUUUCCUUUACAAUAGUCAGCUGUAUAGACACACGAUACAGAUUCAUAAAACCACCCCAGAUGAAGGACGACCGUAUAAAUGUGAUAUUUGCGGGAAAUCGUUCAUCGCUAUUUGCGAUCUUACGAGACACGCCAGAAGACAUACCGGAGAAAAAACCUUUCAGAUGUGACAUUUGUAACCUGUCGUUUGGUUGGUCGAGUGGUUUAAAUAAACAUUGCAAGGUCAAACACCAGGGGAGGAAUCCUGCGAUUUUAAAACGUUAAUAAAAUACCUUCUCAGUUACAUGUAUCAUGGGACACCAUGAAUAAAAGUAGGACUUAAAAAUUUUAAUAUCCCAAAUCCAUUGAGACAAGUUAUACGUAUAUUUCAAUAUGAGAAGAGAGAGAGAGAGAAAUGGGGUUUAGCGUCCACUCGACACAAACUAGGUCAUUUCGGGACUAACAUAUGGUUAAAUUUUAUUUCAAUAUUUCGCUUGCGCGUAGGGGUCUUUAGCAGGGGGAGGAAACCGGAGGACCCGGAGAAAACCCACAUGGUUGGACAGGCGACCCUACUCCUUGUCACAUACAACCGGGGAUUCGAAACCACGCCAGUCGACUCAAUGACAGACUUUAUGAUACAGCGCGUGCACGCUAACCAUUCAGCCAUCCAACCCCCCUCAAUAUGAGAAGAGGGGCAGCAACACUCCCUUGACAAGGUGACUAAAGCUGGACAGUCUGAUACAUCUGCUUGGGUACUGGAUCAGGAAAAUGAUACUGGUGGGGCAAAAGAGUAAAUAAAAUAAAUUCAAGAAUCCUCAAUCAACAGCAGAACAACAGACUUGGUAGCAGUGACGAUUUAUUAAUUGAUAACGUUUCAGGUUGUGAUGAUUUGAAAAAAGGUAUCAAAACCUGAAACAUAUCAUUUAAUAAAUCUUCACUGUUGAGCGGGAUUCUUUAAUUCAAGUUAUAUAUUACAACACAACGCAAAUUGCAUCUUUUAUUGUAUGGAGCAUAUCUAUUGGGUUGGGUGAUUUAAUGGUUUAACAUGUGUACGUGAAAUCACACGGUCUGUCAUUGAAUCAAGUGGUGGGAUUUCGAUUGCCAGCUUUUUAUGUGACAAGAAAUAGGUUGCCUGUCCAAACUUGUGGGUUUUCUCUGGGUCCUCUGGAUUCCUCCCACUGCUAAAGACCCCUAUGCCUAUAUGUUGGUCCUUGAAAUGACCUACUGUUAUUUUGUGUUGAGUGGACGUUACCUCUCUCUCUCUCUCUUUUCAUAAUAAGUUUCCUCCCAUUGAACCAUAUGUUGGGCUUAACAUGACCUAGUUUGUGUUGAGUGAAUGUUAAACCCCAUUUCUCUCUCUCUUAAAAUCAAGCAAUGAAAUAUACCUGUAGCUCAAUAAACCCAAAAAACUUAAUAUGAAACACAAUUACUAUUUUGAUUGAAUUGUUGAAAGAACCCUCAAGAAAAUAUCGCUUUAAUUGAAAUAGUAAUUUUGUGUUCCAUAUUAUGUUUAUUACAGGUAUGUGUGUCAAUUGCUAAAUGCUGAUCAAAGAAGAUACCUGUAGCCUCUUUAGUUUGUCUUAAAAUUUCAAAUCAAAUUACUGAUUCAUUCGAAUAUGUUUUCUAGAUUUGCAUCACAGCGUAACUUAUUAAUCCGGUAUUCUAGAUUCAUAGAAUUGGCUUAGGUGUGCCAAAGGUUUAAAGGCUUUGAUGUUGAAACCACUCGUUGACGAAAAAAGUUCAUCAGAAUUUUCCGGCGUGGUUCCUGCUUGUCAGUGGUACGGGACUGAGGGUCUAGUCAUUCGGAUGGAACGGAAAACUGUGCAUGGUAAAGAUAUAAGAGUAGGAUGUAGUGCAAAAUUUUCCUCAUAGCACAUGGCAUGGCGUAUGCCUGUGCUCAUUAGCCUUUAGGACUUUAAACCCCAUUCUAUUGACCUAAUCUGUAAAAUACUGUGGACAUAAUUUAUAAAUAACCUUUAUAGUUAGGAUUAAAUCCUGCUGGCUUGACAGUCAUGAAAUAGAAUGCCAACAGUGUCUAGUUGUUCCAAUGGUUACAAGAAACUGAGGUGCUGUGCAUGCAAAAGUUGGAAUUUGAAAUAAGAGUAGGCAAAAUUUGCCUCCUUGUCCCUUGCGCACUGUAUGGUGUAUGUCAGAUUGUUGCACAAAAGUUGACAUUAAACCCUAUAUCAUUUCAUUUUAAAUUGGUUUUAAAAUUAUUUGCAAAUAAAACUUUUAAAAAAUAUCGUUUUUACUGUUCAUCAGAGGUAAACUAAUGAUUUAAUUUUUCCAAAAUGUCUGGUUCCAAUUUUAGUUGGAUCCACGUGGGUCAGUGGGUGAAGUGCUAACUUGCGAACCUGGUGGUCCUGGGUCCAAUCCUGGUGUUGGUCAAGAAAUUUCCUGAGGAUUUUCUGGCGUGGUUUCCCCAUGUCAACGGUGCCAGACGGAGGGCAAGUAACAACUCUAUCAUUCAGAUGAAAUGAAAAACUGAGGUCCUUUAUCCAUGUUGCCGUGACAGUUGAAAUUCCAGAUAAGAGAAUACCAUAGCCACUCUCCUGUUUUGUUUUCUUUUCAUUUUCAAUAUUUGGGUAAAACUACUGUAAAAAAAAUGACCGGUUUGUGGAUGGGUUCUAUUUUUUAGUCUUUCUGUUUUGAUCUGCUUUGUUGUUUUUUUUAAAUUGAUUGAAUUGUUGUGAGUAGUCAUAUUAUGCCAUUGUCAUACAUAUCCCAAGAGAACAGAUACCAAUUAAAUCUCGAAAUUGAAAUUAUUACCCGGGUAAAUUGAGAACAGGUUUAUAUAUUUAAAUUAUGAAUCACUCGGGUUUGGGCGGAUCCAAGCGAAAAUCGCAUAUACAACAAAGUAUGAUUAAAUUAAAGAUGGCGUCCAUUUAUUAUAUAAUGGAUCUUUAUAGGUUGGACAGAUGUGUGCUUCAGAUGGGAUAUUAACUCAAUAUAAGCCAUUUAUUUGACCCCCUUGAUGGAAUGGUCAAGAGAAAUAGAGGUAAACUACCCGUCGCAAUAAACUACUGUACUUUCAGAAACAACAAAUGAAAGAAACCAAAGAACUGAAGCGGGAAUGGACAUUCAGAGAUGGCUGUAACUCACUUAUUAAAUUCAAGUUGGUUGCUGACAAAUUAGUUGUACAUCAGUUAGAUACUUGCCAUAAUCAUCCAGUUAAUGAGGAUUGGUUCCAGCAUUUACCGAAGAGGCGUAAAUUUUCUGGUGAAGAAAUGACAGAAAUCUCAAACGUCCUACAAGUGCAGCCGAAUAAAAAGAUCCUUCAAGACCAUAUACGGAAAACAACUAGAAUAUGUACUACAUUACGUGAUUUAAGCAAUCUAACUGCAAAGCUGGAUCCAAAAUACAGUGAUCUUUCUGACUUACUUAGUAAUUUAGAAAGCAAUAAAACUCUUGAAGUCUUGGCUGAUGAAGACGGUACCCUGCGUGCGAUAUACUACCAAGAUGAAGUUAUGAAGAAAAAAUAUGAUUUAUUUCCAGAAUUGAUUAUUGCAGAUGCUACUUAUAAACUCAAUGACAUGCGUAUGCCGGUUUUUUUACAAAUGGUAGUUGAUGGUAAUGGUGAAAGUGAGAUCGUUUCCGUUUUUGUGUUAGUAACUGAAGAUGGCGAUACUAUGAACUACCUGCUAGACUUGUUUAAAGGAAAUAAUCCGGCAUGGGAGCGGACUCAGACAAUCUUAACAGAUAACGAUUUUACGGAACGCGGCAUCUAUUCUGAAAAGUUCCCAGCAGCCAAAUUACAGCUCUGCUUGUUUCAUGUCUUACGCUCCAUGAAACGUGAAAUAAAUUGCGAAAAGAUGGGUAUACGUGUUGAAGAAAAAAACUUAUGUAUAGAAUUGAUUCAAAAACUGGCAUAUUCGACUAAUGAAGAAGAAUACGAAAUCAAUAGGCAGGCCAUUGUACAAACCAACAUUCAACCAGUUAUUGACUACAUAAAUAAUUCGUGGCAUGAUAUACGUGACCAAUGGGUCAUUGGUCUGAAGAAUUCGUGCCAUUACAGCAAUAACACGUCAAACAGGGUUGAGAGCAUCAACCAAAAGAUUAAACAGGUCAUCACAAAGUUCAGUAACCUCAAAAAGUUCUUUGAUGACUUAGAACUGGUCAUCAGGUGCUUAAGACAAGAAAGAGACAGUCGGAUUACAAAUGUAAUAAUGAAACGAAACUCGUCACAUUAUCCAAGAGAUGACCCCAAGUCUAGAUUUGCGGCCUUAUUAACGCCUUAUGCUUAUCAAGUCGUACGUAAGCAAAUGGAAUUAGCUGAUAAAUUAAAGGUGUCUGGAACAGAUGAUAAUACAGUAUCAAUGAAGACCACGGCCGGUAUGGCAAAUGUCACGUCAACUUCAUGUACCUGUCAGUUCACUUCCAUUAACCAGUUACCGUGCAGACACAUAUUUGCCUUUCGCAAGAUGAAAAAAAUGUAUUUGUUUUUUGAAACUGGGAUAUCUCGCCGCUGGACACUUGAAUUUUACGUGAAUAUGACAAUGUCCACUCCGUCUGCUAGAUCAGGAAACACCACUAACAAUAAUGUAACUCUAAUGAACGGCCCAGUUGUGUUAUCACAGACCCAGAAGUAUCGAGUUGCUUUUCGAGAAGCUCAAAAGCUCGCAACAUUGGCAAGUGAAGGAUCAACACAAAAAUAUAAACAAAGAUUGAAUGUUCUACAAAAGUUGGUACAGCUUUGGAAAGAGGAUAAAGAAGCUAUGGUUUAUGAUAUGGAAACUAAUGAUAUGAAACCUGUACAUCAGUGUGUUGUAUGUCACAAGACCUUUCUUGAUUACAGUCAACUUGAAACUCACAACCAGAUCCAUGUCAAAGAUGAGAAAAUCGAUGAUGACUUGGAUGACGUUGACCGAUAUUGUGAUGUACAUUUCGCUGACUAUUAGGAAUUGCAUCGGUGUAAAUGAUGUGGGGAAAAA